CCCAAAACGGAAACAGGCAGCCGUUGGGGAACCUGUUGGAACGCAUGGUUGAUAUACCAUCUCUGCAACUCCUAGAAGCGGGGUGCACACUCCUCCCAUGCUCCCGUCUAUACACCACGCUUCAUCAGUCCACUACCAUGGCUACCACAGCGCCCCCCUUCGGUGACUUGAUUCGGAUUCUGAGGGUCAGCGACCUCAAGGACGAUAACAAGUUGAAAGAUUUGGCCCAAAUUGAAAACCUCCGAACCGUCACUUCGUACAGCUGGGUGGAUAAUGCGAGGCCUGGCCCUAAGAUCCUUGUUCCAGGAAAGCCACCACUCUGGACUCCUCAGAACAGUCCCUACCCGCUUAGACAGGACAGCGGCUCCUUUUUCCGCGAUAAAAACGCAGCACGCUAUCCCAAACACCCAACCGAACCUGCAGUCGUGGCGUCCCUCGCAGCAGAUCCGAUUCUCCCUAUCAAACUCGACAUCUUCGCAUGCGGAAGCACGCUCGGAAACCUCCUUCGCUUUGUCCGAGGGCAGGAUAGAACGUUCCGCAUGCUGGCAUACAAAAUUCAAAACACUGUCUUCCUAGUUCGGCGAGAGAACUCCCCAACUGAGCUAAUCCCCGACGUCCGCGGUUACGGUCACACCUUUCCCGAGGCCAACACCACCUGGGAGCCCGAGGUCAAGGGAUCUGCCUCCCAUCAACGCCUGAUCCAGUACACCUUUGGCGGAUUGAACAUCGCCGUCCGGUUCGAAGCAGACGGCUACAUCAAGCCCCGCCAGCCCCCCAAAGCCAAGCAGCCCAUCCCCCCUCCCUCCUCAGCCUCACCCUCCCUCGGCGACCUCACCACCGCCCUCUCCACAACCACCAUCACCCCCAGCACCGCCACCACCACCGCCCCUCACAAAACAACCCUCACCACAGCCCCCGCCGGCAUCCUCGUCCCCCACACCACGCUCUUCGACCUCAAAACCCGCAGCACCUACGCCCGCCACACCAAAGACCACCUCGCCGAGGAGCUGCCGCGGCUCUGGGUGUCGCAGCUGCCGACGCUGAUCCUGGCCUUCCACACGCGCGGCCUGUUCCUCGCGGCGGAUACCGAGGUCCGUGAUGUUCGGGGCCAUGUUGCGCGGUGGGAGGCGGAGCACCAGGGGGAGUUGGUCAAGUUGGCGGGGGUGUUGCGGUGGGUGAGGGAUGUGGUGGGGGAGGUUGUUGGUGAUGGUGGUGGGGAGGGGGUGGAGGCGGUGGAGAUUUGUCGGCGGGUUGGUUCUGAGGAUGGGGAUGGGCGGCUGGAGUUGGAGGUUCGGAGGCCGGGGGGGGUGGUUGGCGGGGUGGUGUCUGAUGGGGUGAGGGAGCGGUGGGUGAGGGCGUGUCGGGGGGGUGUGGGUGGUGGUGAUGACCACGGGGAGAAGGGGGGUGAUAGGGAGAGGAGGGGUGACGAGGAGAAGAGGGGUGACGAGGAGAAGGGGGGUGCCGGGGAAAAGACUGGUGAUGAGAAUAAAGGAGAAGGGGAAAAGGGGGUUGGAGGUGAGGUUCUGGAGUGGGCUGGAGGAGAUGACGAUGACUUUACCGGUUGCAGCGAGGCUUGUGGAUACUGCGGGAAGUGCACGUACUGAUUGACGUAAACGAAGUCAAAGCCUUCGUCUGAAGUUUCUUAGAUGGAUCUUUUCCGGAGAGUCUAGCGCAGCGCGGGGUGAGAAGCUUGCGCUUCAGCUUUGCAGGGCGGGCGACAAAGGGUCGGUGAGCGAUAUUGUCUCUCGGUUCAGCGCGUAAUUGACCAGUAAUCGACUCGUCAUCGCACAGAGAUUUUCCCAACAC